AUGAAAAAUAUUUCUGAGUACAAAAAAAUGUAUAAUAGGUCAAUAAACGAUACAGAAAAUUUUUUAACUGAACAUGCUUACGAAUAUCUAGAUUGGGAUAGGCCUUUUGAAAAAGCGUACGAUGAAAAGAAAGAUCUUUAUUUUGUGAAUGGAAUGUUAAAUCCUUGUUACAAUAUUCUAGAUCGUUAUGUUAAUAAACAUCCUGAGAAAAUAGCUUUUAUUUGUGUAAGCAAUGAUGAUACUUACAUGUAUGUUACGUACAGAGAAUUAAUGGAAAAGGUGUUACAAAUAGCCAGUUUUUAUAAAAGAAUAGGGCUUAAGAAAGGAGAUGUUGUAACAUUUUAUGGGAAUAAUUCGUUAGAUUUUUAUUCUUGUGUAAUUGCAUGUGGUAGACUUGGUCUUGUUUCGCAUUUCGUAUUUGGUGGAUUUAGUGCGCACGUUAUUGGCGAGAGGAUAAAAGGUACGAAUACGAAGUUAGUAAUAACAUUGGAUUAUGCCAUGCGUGGAGAAAAAUUUACAGAAUAUUUUGAAACGGUAAAUGAAGCCCUGUUACAGAUAGAUUAUCAAUGUUAUACAUUGGUUUUUAAUCAAGAGCAUAUUAAUGUUAAUAAUAGUAAUAUAUUUUUAUGGAGUAAUGAGAGUAAAUUAUUUUAUGAUUAUGUGCCUUGUACAAGUGUAGAUGCUAAUGAUGAUUUUUUUAUAAUUUUUACUAGUGGAUCGGCAGGAAGAUCUAAAGGCAUUGUUCAUUCAACAGCAGGGUUUUUAUUUGGAACUAUGAUGACUAUAAAACUAAAUUUUGGUUAUGAAGGGAAAGAUCGUGACAUCUUUUUUUCAACAGCUGAUAUUGGUUGGUUGGCUUGUUUUUCUCAUUCAAUUUAUGGCCCCUUGUUGUGGGGUGGUACGUCAGUAGUGUUUGUUGGUGUUCCUUUUUAUCCAUCAUAUAUGAGAAUAUUUGAUAUUAUAUCUAAAAACAGAGUUACGCAUUUUUAUACUGCACCGACUGUUAUUAGAAUGAUACAGAAGUUUAUGCAAGAAAACAAUAUAAGUAUAAUUGAUAUAAAAAAUAAAUAUGAUGUAUCUGCAUUACGAAUUAUAGGGAGUGUAGGAGAACUAUUAAAUGAAGAGCCGCACAGGUUCUUAAAAGAAAUAACUAAUAACGGUAUUCCUAUCAUUGAUACGUACUGGCAGACAGAAACAGGUACCAUUAUGAUAAGUCCACUUCCGAUUCCUAACUGUAAUUUAAAAGGUGUAGGUCUACCAGCGUAUUGUGUAAAACCUAAAAUAGUAAAAGUCAAUCCUGAUUCAUUUGACUUGUAUGAAUGUGCACCGAAUGAAAAAGGAAUAUUGUUAUUUUCUUAUAAAUGGCCAUCUUUAGCCAAGACACUUUUAAAUGAUCAUCAAAGGUACAAAAGUACCUAUUUGAAUCCUUUUCCUGGUUAUUAUUACACAGGAGAUGAGGCUAUAUGUGAUGAACAGGGUAAUUAUUACAUUUUAGGUAGGUGUGAUGAUGUAAUUAAUGUAUGUGGGCACAGAAUAAGCACUCUUGAGAUAGAGAGUAUAUUAUCAUCUUGUAGGGGUAUUAGUGAGUUGGCGGUUGUAGGUAUUAAUGAUGAAAUUAGUGGACAAAAAGUGUGUAUAAAUAUAGUGUUAAUAAAUAAAGCACAAGAAGCAAAAGUUAUAUGUGAUAUUAGAGAGCUACUAGUUAAAUAUUUUGGAAGGAUUCUAAGAGAUUAUGAUGUCAGGUUUUUUGAUGAACUUCCAAAGACAAAAACAGGUAAAAUUAUAAGAAGAUUUUUAAGAGAAGAGCGUUGUAAGAGUAUUAAUAUUCUGAUUAUUGAUCAAGCUGAUCAUUAA